GAUGCAGACUACUCAGGUACUCUGGGUUACACCAACACUCAGCUGGACUUUGAGGAGCCCAUGGUUGUGGCAGCGCAGGGAGGCACCAAGUUUCUACCCAAUGGUACAACAAGGUGCGUUUCCAGCCCUGUGAUGGAAGAAGAGGUUCCACCUACUGUCUCUACGGAAGUGAAAGUAGCUGCAGACACACGCCAAAAUACCCGGAAGAAGAAGAAGAAAAAGAAGAGGGACUUUCAAGUCCCAACAGAGACCUCCAGGGAGCGCUGCCUGACACCUGCGCAGGUUCCAGAGUCCAGCAGUGGGUCCACUUCAUUUCAGCCUCAGCGUCUUCCUUUUCCAGCAUUCCCUCUGAGAGCCCCCCUAUCUCUGCCGCCCCUGGCCCCCGCCCUGGGCUCUGUCCAAGCAGCUGCCCCUCCUGCUGAAUACCAUUCAGACUCUGCUGAGUCUCUGGAGGAGAUUCCUGUGGUCCUGGCCAAACUGGGUUCCUCAUCCUCUGCUGUUGCUGGAGACGCAUCCACAUCAUCACAUCAGCGUGUUCCAGCGGGCCCUCUCCCUUCCCCCCAUCCCAGGACAAAAAGGAAGGCUUUUUCAUCCCGACCAAAUCGGAGUUCAGUAGAGCUGAGGUUUGAGAUGGCAUCUACGCGGCCUCCCUCUGUGUUUGUCAGUCAGGCAAGUGGUGACCCCUCUGAUCCUCAGGGAGAGGAACUUCAACCAACCAGGAGACAAAGUAGCUCCAGGCCCAGACUCAUGCCCAGAUCUCACGGCCAGACGUUUCAGACGUUUCAAAGCUCAGUUUUGUGGACAGAGCAACCUUAACAUUAAAAGACUCUUCUUGAAUCAACAAUCAGUUGCACUGAGCCAUUCA